ACGUGUGCUUCAGAAUAACAGAAGAAAGAAGCGUGCAAUAGCGUCUUCUUUGAAUUCAACUGGAAACCAUGCAAAGACGUCAUAAUUUAGAAUUACGGUUGCUAUUAACGACAUCUCUAAGGGGGAAUAAAAAAUAUGUUAGACUCACAGUACAAAUGAACAAUAUGAAUAGCGACAACCAUGAUAGAGCAACCGACGAUUCCGAUUUUUCCGCUGACGAGUUUCUAUGUGAUGUCAACCUUAUUGUAGAAGAAAAACCUCUAUAUACUAGUCGCAGUUUGUUAGCUUUUGCUUCACCUGUGUUUAAAUGUAUGUUUUCCGGGGAAUUCAAAGAAAAGGAACAAUCAAAUAUUGAUCUCCCUGACAAGUCAUAUCAGGAUGUUUCAGAAAUGAUUCGUUUCAUUCAUCCAGGAUUCAGUGACGAUUUAGAAGCUGGUACGGAUUCUGCGUUUCGUCUAUUACCAAUUGCAGAAGAAUAUCAAAUAGACAAGCUAAAGGAAAAGUGUGAAGACGUUCUCUUGUCCAAGCUGAAAAGUGGUUCAUAUACUCAAGAUUUUGUAGCUGACAGUUUGAUAGUAGCAGAUAAGUAUGUGUUGCAAAACCUGUUACAAGAAUGCAUUGAAUUAUGCAGUAAAUCAAAAACUUUAUGGCAAGUAGUUAAAGAUAGUAAAACCAUGUCACUAGAAAUAAAGACGAAAGCUUUCGAAUCUCGGUUGCGGAAACUAGAAUUCGAACAGGAUAGCUUUAACAUCAUGAAACAGAGAGUUAGUGCAGUGGCGUAUAGGUUGAAAGAAAUAGUGCAUCCUCACGAAAAUCACUGCAGGUGUCGAACAGAACUAAAACUUCGAUCCCCUCUGCAGCGAACGUGUGUUUACUGUGCGCGAACAUGGUGUUCUGAAAAUGUCAGCACAGAUUCAUAUCGGAACUCAUACUGGUUUUACUGUAACCAUAGGAUAGGUUAUACUGUAGCAAAUGACACUAUAAUUAAAAGCUUCUUGGAAACUAAAGAAUUCCUGAAUUUAUGACCAAAAUAGACAUUUUUACAGUGUUAAUAUAUCAUAUUUCUAUAAAUUAUAUUAUACCGAU